AUGGCGGGAGUCAAAGUGGCACGAGGCUGCCCUCCAAUUAACCACUUGCUUUUUACGGACGACACAAUGUUUUUCACCAAAACAAAUGUGUCUAGCUGUCAGGCGUUAAAACGCAUCUUAACCGUGUUUGAAGGGGCAUCCGGCCAGUGCAUCAACCUAGGGAAGUCGGCAAUUACCUUUUCAUCAAAGACACCUAGCAAAGUGAAGACUAGAAUAAAAGCUUUCUUUAACAUCCAUAAUGAGGGAGGCGUUGGCAAAUAUUUAGGGCUCCCCGAGCACUUUGGGAGGAAAAAAAGGGACAUUUUUGCUAACCUCAUUGAUAGGAUCCGACAACGAUCAAUUGGCUGGACCACGAGAUAUCUAUCAAAGGCGGGAAAGCAAGUGCUACUACAAGCAGUGUUAGCGGCUUUGCCAACGUACACGAUGUCCUGUUUUAAGCUACCUCUCUCGAUAUGCAAGCAGAUUCAGAGUGUCUUAACGCGCUUUUGGUGGGACGUAAAACCAACGGUACACAAACUCUGUUGGGUCUCGUGGAAUAGACUUACGCGGCCAAAAGGGGCUGGAGGUUUGGGUUUCAGAGAAAUCGAACAAUUCAACGACACUCUCUUGGCAAAACUUGCUUGGAGGCUUUUGAAGGAACCCCACUCUCUCCUAGCACAGACGAUGCUUUGUACCCACUCUCUCCUAGCACAGACGCUGCUUGGUAAAUACUGCUUAAAAUCCUCUUUCUUGGAUUGCACGGCACCCGCCUCAGCUUCUCAUGGCUGGAGAGGGAUACUUGCGGGAAGAGAGGUUCUCCGUCAUGGUCUGGGUUGGGUUGUGGGAAAUGGGAAGGAUAUCUCUGUCUGGUCAGAGCCUUGGCUAAGUCUUGAGAGGCCAACGGCUCCUGUAGGACCGCCUACCCAAGCAAAUUUCAACCUAUGCGUAGCGAACCUACUACUGCCCUCCUCCACAGAAUGGAACAUUCAAAUGAUCAGAGACCAUCUGCCUCAGUAUGAGGAGGUUAUUAAGUCCAUUAUUCCUAGCGACUGCAACAUGAAUGAUGAGUUGGUGUGGCUGAAGGAUAAAUCUGGGAAAUACACUACAAAAUCAGGGCACGCAUUAGCAAAGAUCAACUCUAAGGCUGACUCCUCUGAUCAUUUUGACUGGAAGAAGCGGAUAUGGUCCCUCAACACCUCCCCGAAGCUCAAGCAUCUACUCUGGAAGGCAAACGCUGGAGCGCUACUCGUUGGAGCCGCAUUACAAAGCAGGGGAAUUGAUAUUGAUGAUAAGUGCAAACGUUGUGGAGCAGUUGAAACAGAGAUACAUGUCUUGCUCCACUGCCCUUUUACUACCCAAGUGUGGAACAAACUCCCCUGCCUCCAUGCCCCAUCAUCACUCCAGCAACCUCCCAUGUCGGUACCGGAUCUUCUUGACAGUUGCAGCAGAGUAAUAACCUUGCCUCCGACAGGUUUGGGAUCAACUCCGAUCUCGCCAUGGGUCUUGUGGACCCUUUGGACUAAUAGGAAUAAGUUACUCUUUGAAAAUAAAGAGUACACUGUUGAGGAAUCAGUUCUGAAAAUCCUCAAAGACUCUAAAGCUUGGAGAGAGGAUCAGGAGUCGGAAAAAUGUACUUCGUUGCCACAGAAUGUGGAUCUCUCUAGCUAUGUGUCUAACCCCCAUGUACCCCAACUCCCUCUUGUAGCAGGAUCCUUGUGGAGUGUCUACUCUGAUGCUGCUUGGGACCCUAGAACCGGAAACUGCGGUAUGGGCUGGCACUUCAGCGACAGCAUGGCUUCACCAGCAGGAAGCAACUCCUCAAAACGCCACUCAGUCCCCUCAGCCCUUGUAGCAGAGGCAAUGGCGUUAAAGACCGCAAUCUCCGAAGCGGUCAACCGUGGCAUUGAUUCUCUUAGAGUGUUCUCUGAUUCCAAAAGCCUCAUCUCACUUCUUGUCACCAAGAAAAACCAUACUUGGAUUCAAGGAACACUCUUCGAUAUUCACUAUCUAUCUAGUUCUUUUAGUAACAUAUCUUUCCAUUUCAUCCCGCGUGUGGGAAAUACUCUAGCUGAUACUCUUGCGAAAUCAGCGCUGCUAUCCUUAAUCAACUCUCCGUCUGUGGAUGAGUAA